AUGUCCAACAACCACUCCACCCCGGGAGACACAACCCCACACCAAACAAUCCACAUGGACACCGACACAGCCUCGGACUCGGAGCCUCAUCUCCCAACGGGAGGCGCACACCUGCACACGUAUAUCUCCGUAGACACGGACUCUGAAGACGGGGGCAUGCAACUCGAGCCUGUGGAUGGCGACAUGAUUCAUUUUGCGGAAGAUGAUAGCGAUAUUGAAUUCGAUGAGCGGAUUAUGGGUGUUGCCAUGGAGGAGGAUAGAGAUGAAAACGACUACACAACACGCGCUAUAAACCCCCACUCCGCCGCGCCAAACGCACACAACACCCCCUCGCAACCGGGCAAUAGAGAUGAUCCCAGUCUGAGCUUUUACCCACCACGCGAACGCCACCGGACUCGACCGCACCGUCUCCGUACAAAGGGCCAUCUGACCGAAGAGCAACACGCUGCGCUAGCAGUCCUGUCGAAUUGGGAACUCCUCGUUACGCAUGCUCUGAAUUCACAUCGGACAAUCCCCCAAACCCGCCGCCGCUUCCAAGCAAAACUCCUCUCGCCCAACAACCCCACCCUCGAAAACGACCUCUACGCCUCGCGCUUCGUCGUGCCAGCCUCUAAAUCCGAACUCCUCCCACCAGCAAGCGCUACGCGAGGGCACGAAACUGCCUCCGGCGCAGAUAAUACCACCGCGUAUCUUGUUCCCGGGUCGUAUCGGGAGGUUGUGGAUGGGGAUGAGAGGUCUUGGUGGCCGAUGGGGAGGCCGAGGGUGAAGAGGAAGAGUGAUCGGGGAUUGGGUGGGCGAGGGAGGGAGGGGAGUGGGAGUGGGGGGAGUGGGGAGAGUUCGAGGGUGGGGAGUCGUGGGGGGAGUAGGGCUGUGUCUACUUCUAGGUAG